CCAACUGCUCUAUAAAUAGGUUCCAGGGCCUGGACACUGCAUUAGAACACAGAGCAAGGACAGACGAGCCACAUGCUCUUUAAAAUUCUUCUACACUUGAAGGAGUAGUAGUAGUAGUAGUAGUAGUCACACCAGUAGUUUCUGCUUUAGGUUUGUGUAAGAAUUAAACAUGAACAAGCCCAAAAUUGUCAGACCAGAGGAAUGUCAGCCAGCUCAUGCCAUUUGGUUUGACAGGAAGAAAUAUGUUACCGUUAACUUCAAGGUUCAGAAACCUAAAGAUGUCCGGGUUGAUAUUCAGGCGGACAAAGUGAUCUUGUGCUGCAAAAAUGACACAGAUGACGUGUUUUACAAUGAGCUGCACUUGUACGACAAAAUCCAAAUCCAUGACUCCAGGGAAAGAGUCUAUGACCGCCAUAUUAACUUCCUGCUCAGAAAGAUGAAGCCUGACUGUCAGUGGCCACGUCUACAGAAAGAUUCUGGAAAGCCCAGUUGGAUUUCUGUGGACUUUGAUAACUGGAGAGACUGGGAGAACGAGGAAGAUGACGGAAAGGAAGAGUUUGAAAAAUACAUGGAUAUGAUGCAAGAAAUGGCUUCAGGUAACAAAGGAAAGACACCAGACAUGGGUGACCUCAGUGAUUCUGACUGAGACCCACAGAAACAACCUCUCCUGUGUUUGCUGAAGCUUGUAAUAUUUGCCAAAGAUCAGAUCAUUUUCACAAAAAAUACAGUUUUUAUGUCAUUUUCUAUAAGUUUGUUUAUUUAUUGAAAUGUUUUCCUCCACUGUACUUGGACAUAUUAAUGUCAUGUUUAAUAAAAAUGUACUUUUAUCAACUUUAA